ACAUUAUUGCUGCAGCAGUCCAUUUGAAAAGUAAAUUUGACUGCACCAGAAGGAACUGCGGUUUUUAGUUUUCUCCACUGAGAAGAUACUGAUACACCACUCUUGAAAGGAUACAAAUAACAAAAUGAAGUCAAACCUUAACCGCUCUUGCAAAAUGAAACGUGAUUUUGACUGUGCAUCUCUUCAUGCUGGGUUUACACCACUGAAAUCUGCUGUGGAGAAAACAAGACUGGAAAAAUCCUGCCCCUUGAAUUACAAGGAAGGCUUUUGUAAAAGCUGUGCAGAAGAGCAUCAGAAAAUAUUCCCUAGUGACUCAUAUCAUGCAGCCACCAGAAAUCUAGAACUUGAAGAUGGAGGAAAACCAAUAUAUAACAAAGAAAACAAACAAGUAACCCAGAGACUUGAUGAAGUUAUCUAUGAAAUGGAGGAACUGGAAAACAGUAAACUUAGUGAGGACAGUGGUUAUUCCUCUAUGUUAAAUACUCAAUAUGCUGAUACAAUAGAACAUGAGGAUAGUAUACCUUUGGCUGGGAAUCUCUGUGGCACACCAAAACAUUGUCUCAGGAAGAACCAAAACCAAGAACAGUUUUCAAAGAAGACUUUACUGCCAGUAAGCCAUUAUGAAGACAUGAUUUGCUCAACUCUGAAAAAAAAUGGUAAAAGAAAUCUCAAGACUUGGGCUGCUAUAGACAGAAUUGUUUUUAGGGGAAAAGUUGAACUUUGUAACUUAAUUGGAAAGAAAAUGGGGCUAGAUAAAAUAGACAUUUUUGCCGAGCUCUUCCAAAAGAACCUGAAGCAUAUAUUAGCAAACAUUUUAAGGCAUCUCAGCGAGGUGGAUUUAAUCAAUUUUGCCAAAGUCAGCACAACAUGGCGGAAGAUUCUACAAGAAGAUAAAUGGAUUUUCCAAAUGUAUAGUAAAGCUGUGAAAAACCUCUCUAAUGGCACAAAGGCACCAGAGCAUGCUGCAACAAGGGAGUAUGUUGUCUACAGAGUGUCUUUAGCUUCCAUUCAGAAAGCAACCCCACCAAAAAUCUUGAACAAAAAAAACACCAGAUCCAAAGCAUCUAAGAAUCACAGCAGGCUCAUGGAGUUUUCUGAGGCUGCCAAGACCUUGAAAAACACUGAAAGCUUUAAAGCCUGCCAUCGCUGUGGUUCACCUGCAAAGUAUGACUCCUAUCUUCAAAGAGCAAUGUGCAAUCGUGAAAGUUGUGGCUUUGACUUUUGCACAAAGUGCAUGUGCAGCUACCACAGCUCCAGUGACUGUAUGAGCGGCAAACCAGUGAAACCCACCUCUAUGCCAGGGCCACUUCCUGGGACUAAGAAAAGCAAACAGAAUCUAAAGAGAUUGUGAUCCAUCCCUCCCAAUACAAAUUGUAAGAUGUGCCAUAAAUUUUUUUUUAUUCAUCUACAAAGAAAAUGUUUUCUGCUAUUCUAUAUUUAUAAAGAAGUUUAUUCUAUUACUCCUCUGUACUCUUUUAAUAGUCUUGUUCAGAAGGCUUUUAAAAGCAUUUCUAGUGCUGUCCAGUGAGGUGAGUGAAGCCCUUUUUAACUUCAAAUUAUGGGGGAGUCUAGAUUUUAUGAUUUUUCAAAGCUUUGUCUUUGAUUUUUAAAUGCAAACAUUCAUAAUACCAUUUUCUCUGAUGGUUUCUCUUAUGUGAAUCUUAAAUUGUUCCUCCUUCAUUUCUUCAUUCAGAAAGCUCAGGUUUUCCUUGAACUGAGGUGAUACCUUUUCCAACUUUAAAAAAAACAGUACUGUAUGUUGACUAUACUGCUAAAAAGUACGUGUUCUUUUUUUUUGAAGUUAUAAUAUUACUUUUAGUAUUUGUAUAUAUUUGUAAAUACUAUUCAUGUUUGUCUUGUAAAUGUGAAAAUAAAUUGCUGAUCUUGA